CUAUUUCAGCUUUACGUCAUUUCCAACUCGUUGGCUGCCAGCCUGCCAGUAAAUUCAAAGUUGUGCGCACUGUUUUCAAUGGAAGACAACAGGACAUAAAUUGCGAUGGAGAGUAGUGUGUAGCUUUGAAUAGUCGUUGCACCUAUAUCUAUUUCCCAAUAUUAUUUAAAUAAGACUGUUCAAUGAACGCAGUGUUAUUUUCCGAAAGUAUCAGUUUGGCCACUUUUGUAGAUAAUUUUUUCUCGCUUCUGCAUUAUCGAUGUAGACUAGUGGCUUAUGUUGGGAGUAACUGGGCUGGGCGAAUGGCGUGUUUUCAUUUGUUCUUUUGCUUAUGUCGCAAGCAAUUGUUGAUGCGUAAGAGUGGUGUUUCUCUGCGUUAGUGUCGGCAACAUAUUAUGUGAACAAUGUACACGAGCAGCGGCAUCAUAUUAACAGCGCUCCACGCUGCUGUAGGUGCCGGCAACUUGGAAGAUGUCAUGGAAAUGUUGGCGAAAGGAGCUGACGCCGAAGCCGCAGAUGCCUUCAAGGUACGACCGCUCCAUAUUGCUGCGAAGAAAGGCCAUUUGGACAUUGUUAAAGCGCUUAUCGCUCGGGGCUGUAAUGUAAAUGCACGGGCGUCUUGUCAUUCUCCAUUGUCCGAGGAGAUUGAGCGGGACAUCACGCCGUUACAUUUAGCAGCUGAUAAUGCUGACUCUAAUCUCGCGCUCACUUUGAUCGCUGCUGGUGCUUAUGUGAACGCUAAGAGUAGCUCUAGCAUGUUUCCACUGCAUCUGGCAGCAAAGCACGGCCGUUUGUCCGUAGUGAAGGCACUUGUUGCUGCGAAUGCAGACGUGAAUGCCGAGGACAAUAUAAAAGCCACACCAUUGUUUUUCGCUGUGGUGCAAAAUUUUGAAGACGUAGCCAAAUUUCUUGUACAAAACGGCGCUAUUGUAAAUGCCAGAAAUUCAGACUGUAACACACCAUUGCAUUUCGCAGCAGAAAAGGGAAAUGUCAACAUAUCGAAGUUCCUGAUCCAGAACAAGGCCACGAUUAAUGCAAAGAACCUGGAAGGGAUCACACCAUUGCAUGUGGCUAUCCAAAACAGACAAGCCGCAGUAACCCAGUUUUUGAUUAACAGUGGAGCAGAUGUCAACGCGAAAGAUGUCGACGGAUGGACUCCUUUGCACAGUUCAGCUCAUAGUGGAUACCCAGCGGAAACUGCUAGACUCCUGAUUGCGAAAGGUGCUAGCGUAAAUGCCAGGGAUCGGAGUGGAGUAACACCCUUGAGCGUUGCUUCUGAACAAGAUUUCGCCGAUGUAGUAAACAUCCUGAUCAAAAACAAAGCAGACGUUAAUGCCACUGACGAGCGAACGUGGACGCCAUUGCAUAGCGCAGCUUACGCAGACAGCUUGGAUUCUGUAAAACUUCUGAUCAGCGGUGGUGCUAUAGUUGAUGCAAGGGAUCACGGGCAUAUUACACCAUUGCAUUUCGCAUCAGCCUUCUGGCACACCGAAGUAGUUCAAUAUCUUUUGGCGAGAGGUGCCAAAGUUAAUGCAACUGACAACACAGACUGGACGCCACUUCACUUUGCGACAGAUGAGGGAACCCAGUUCGUUCUGAAAAAGUCAGGACACUCGGAUGCACAGGCGCUGAACUCGAAACUUAGUAGCGUGAAAGCUCUCAUUGAAAACGGAGCAGAUGUAAAUGCAAAGGGAAGUAACGGUGAAACAGCUCUGCACAUAGCUGGAAAGUAUGGUGAUUCAGCAGUUGCUAGAAUCUUAUUAGAGAAUGGUGCUUAUUAUGAUGUGAAGCCCCAUCCCUACUUUGAUAAUAUUACCGUUCCAGAGUGUGAUGUGGGAAGGAGUGAGAAUAUAAAUGCUUUACUGCGAUCUAUUGAAAAGCUGUUUCAAGCUGUGAAAAGAGCUAAGUGUGCUGAAAUUGAAAAAUUCGUGCAAGAGGGGGCACCUGUUAACAGCAGAAGCAUCAAGUAUGAAACACCGCUUAUGUAUGCGUCUUGGAAAGGCCAUUUACCUGUUGUUAAUGUUUUGCUUAAAAAUGGGGCCAAUAUUAAUUUGAGCAACAGUAAUGGCAUUACUCCAUUGCAUUAUGCAGCAAAAUUUGGGCAUCAUGAAAUAUUGUCUACCUUAUUGCAACAUGGUGCAGUAUACAAUGCAAGAACCAAAACAGGUAAAAAAACACCAUUCCAUUUUGCCCAAGAAGGAGGGAAAAAAGAGGUUGCAGAUACUCUAAAACGGAUUGAACGAUUAUUUAUUAGAAUAAAGAAAAAGGAUAGCACAGUGAUAAAAGAAUUACAUGAAUUAAGGGACAUAAAAUAUUCUGAAUUUCUUUCCAUAAAAAAGUGCAAAAAUGUAAAUAAGGAAACUCUGGCACAAAUAGCUUCAAGAAAUGGAUAUGAUGAACUUUGUCAAUUGUUUUGUAAUUUGUAAUAGGAUAGAGUACCUGUUUAUUACUCAUUUAUGUUAAUGAAUGGUUUGAUAAAAGUAGUUCAAGUUAUAUGAAAUGAAAUUGAUUUUCUGAGAUUUUGUACACUGUCAGGGGAUAAUUUAGUGUUGCUGUAAUCAGCAAAAGUACCCUUCAUCAACUGACAAGUUGAUAAAAUUGAUUCACAGUGUAAUGACAAAUCUAUGUACAUUUGAGAUGUUUAAAUGGUUAUCUUUUACUUCAUUCUAGUGAUGUUUCAAUGACAAACAGUUAAAUUGGGUCUACUCGUCUGACAUUGUGUACUAGGCUGCUCUGAGUACUCCUAGGCAGCAGAAUUCGUGUUGUUCUUUAUUUUAGAGGCUCAGUCUAUACUUAUGUGUAUAUUUUCAUAAUAUACAUGUUUUUACCAGGGAACUGAUAUAAUCUUGUCUGAUACGUCCAUACAUAUUUCAUAUUCUCUCUCACUCCACUGUUGUAUAACAAUGUGAGAUUCUGUGCAGGUAUAUAGUUGAUAUGUAUAUGCCAUACAGACCCUAUCAUUUUCAUUUUAUAAUAAUUCAAUAAAGUCUUUCAAUAAUUGUUGUAAAAUUCUUGUUACUUCUGUGUUCUGUGGAGAGUCUGUUUCAAAUAGGAACACUGUAGCCUUCAGACUAUGCAGAAGCUAUUGCCUUUUAGUAAUAGCACAGCCUGAAGAAUGUCAUACCACAAUAGCAAGUAAAUAAAAUAGGCCUGUAUGUUUCGAAUAAUAAAUAAAAAGUAUGGCAACUUGAAGUAGUCGAUUGAAAAAUGAAUUUGUGCUUGGGUAAUGCGUUAUCAU